AUAAACAAAACAUUUUGAUCAAAACCGAAACAAACAAAAUUGUUUUUAUAUUUUCGGAACAGUUUGAUUAGAUGUUAGUUUUUCGUUUAGUUAAUAAAAGUUAUUUGUGUAAAUGUGUGCUUAAUCUAUGAAAAAUGUCGAAAGCUGGUUCAACCGAAAAACUAUCAAAAGAUUCAACUAGCUCCAGUGUCAAUCGUGCUUCGUCAGCGACCUCUAUCGUGCUGGAGCAAAACGGAGAAAAAAAGAUUCUCAAAAAAAUCAAACUCAAAGGUCCGCUUAAAGCGCCACCAGCUGCAAAACCAGAGCAAACAUUUGCCUGUACGUUCUGCAAAGCUACCUUCACCAACCAUGAACAGCUUAGGGUACAUUUUUUAAAACACGGAGCAGAAUCGAUACUCAGUAAAAACCCCGAUGAGCCUAGACAAUCCAACCAAGAAGGCGCUAUAAUGUUGAUUGAAUGCGAAUGGUGCCCGGAAACGUUCACCUCGAUGUCGAAGGCAAUAGAACACAAGUACCGCAAGCAUAAUUACGAAAGCAAGAACUACUUCUGUACGCUUUGCGGACGGUUAUUCCCGCUGAAAGUGGCCCUCGAUCAACAUCAGAAUCUGGAACAUAAAAAUGAUAAGAAAAUAGUAAUUCCCCGCUUGGACUUCAUCUGUGGUUUCUGCGGAACGGCCUUCAUCUCAAAUUCCGCCCUAGAAUUACACAUCAAAACAGCCCAUAACUUGGAGAAACGUAUGAUGAACCACCCGUUCAUUCCGACGCCCUCGAAAAAGGUGCGCUUGAAUCAGGCAGGCGAAAUAAUUUCCAUUUACUACUGCCACCUGUGCGGCUCGGAAUACAUGCUCAAAUUCAACCUACUGAAGCAUAUUGAAGAUCACCACUCGUACGAAGUCCGGUGUGCAGCUCCAGAAGAUCUGCUAAAAUGCAGCACGUGCGACUCGGUGUUUUACACCAAGAAAGCAUUCGAUACACACAACAUUCAUCACAAACCGGAGGAUCUGUACGCCACCAGCGAAGAGCACCGGUUGAAUAUCGUUGCCCGUGUGGAUCAGGACUUUGAUUUCCGCCGGGUCCCGUCGGCGAUCGAUAAGGUGCUGGGUACUUUAUCGGGAGCUAGCAGCACGGAUUCGCCAGCAGUGCUGGUAAAGAAGCACAGUUCGAAAGCAAACAAAAAGAGCAAAAUGACGGGCGAAUCUGCUGCCGGUAGAUGUAAGGCUAAGCGUAGUAAAGUGACUGUUUCUGAAGCCGAGGUCAAGGACCUGAUAAAUCAAAUGAAUACCACUGGCGAAGAGCAUCAUGCUACAGGGUUGGAGGCCUUGAGCUUUCUGUUGGGCGAGGGAUGAUGAGUUCUAUCGCGAGAUGAAAAGUGUAAUGACCGAUUGGUUUUCAGAUUAAAACAAGUCGAACGAGUAUUAAAAUUGUGACCGUAGAAUGUAAAAA